CACUAUUUCUUUUAGUCCUACAGGAUCACAUGUUGAAUGGUGUAAACAGCUUAUAGCUGCUACAAUUUCUAGUCAGAUUUCAGGUUCAGUGACAUCAGAAAAUGUAUCCAGAGACUACAAGGCUCUAAGAGAUGGAAAUAAGCUGGCACAGAUGGAAGAAACGCCACUCUUUCCAGGAGAAUCCAUCAAGGCCACUGUGAAAGACGUCAUGUACAUCUGCCCAUUUAUGGGAGCAGUGAGUGGAAGCCUGACGGUGACUGACUUUAAGAUGUACUUCAAGAAUGUAGAGAGGGACCCGAAGUUUGUCCUCGAUGUUCCCCUUGGUGUGAUUAGCAGAGUUGAGAAGAUUGGAGCACAGAGCCACGGGGACAAUUCCUGUGGCAUAGAGAUUGUGUGCAAGGAUAUGAGGAACUUGCGACUUGCUUAUAAGCAGGAAGAACAGAGUAAACUUGGGAUAUUUGAAAACCUCAACAAACUUGCAUUUCCUCUUUCCAAUGGGCAGACACUCUUUGCAUUCAACUACAAAGAAAAAUUUCCAACGAAUGGGUGGAAAGUUUAUGAUCCUGUAUCUGAAUAUAAGAGACAGGGCUUGCCAAAUGAGAGCUGGAAAAUAUCCAAAGUGAACAGUAACUAUGAGCUCUGUGACACCUACCCUGCUGUCAUUGUCGUGCCAACUAGUGUGAAAGAUGCUGACCUUUCAAAAGUGGCAGCCUUUCGAGCAAAAGGCAGAGUCCCGGUGUUAUCGUGGAUUCAUCCAGAAAGUCAGGCAACGAUUACCCGUUGCAGCCAGCCACUUGUGGGUCCCAAUGAUAAACGCUGCAAAGAAGAUGAAAAAUACUUGCAAACGAUAAUGGAUGCUAACGCACAGUCUCACAAACUUAUCAUCUUCGAUGCCCGACAAAACAGUGUCGCUGAUACCAACAAGGCCAAGGGUGGAGGGUUCGAAAGUGAAAGUGCUUACCCCAACGCGGAGCUCGUGUUCUUGGAGAUCCACAACAUCCACGUGAUGAGAGAAUCCCUGCGUAAAUUGAAAGAGAUUGUGUACCCUUCGAUAGAUGAGGCACGGUGGCUCUCCAACGUGGAUGGGACACACUGGCUGGAGUAUAUAAGGAUGCUUCUUGCUGGGGCAGUAAGGAUUGCUGAUAAGAUAGAAUGUGGGAAAACUUCGGUGGUGGUUCACUGCAGCGAUGGUUGGGACCGAACAGCCCAGCUGACGUCUCUGGCUAUGCUGAUGUUGGACAGUUACUACCGCACCAUUAAAGGGUUCGAGGCUCUCAUAGAGAAGGAGUGGAUAAGCUUCGGACAUAGGUUUGCGCUGAGAGUGGGCCAUGGCAAUGACAACCACGCGGAUGCUGACCGAUCCCCUAUAUUUCUUCAGUUUAUUGAUUGUGUUUGGCAAAUGACAAGACAGGUGAGAAAUUUCAAGUAUAUUUCUGACCUUAAAGUUGAAGAUUAGAUGAUUAUUCAUGUUCGUUCAAAAUGAAGACGUGUGUAUGUGUGUAAAAAUAGGACCGCUUCUGUUAUUUAACUCGGUUUGAUUCUAAUUCACUUGGAAGUAUAAGCAGAAAAUUAAAGACUAUCAAUUUCUCACCAAAAG